GAACAAUUUCCCCGAAAACCUUUGGAUUUAUUGUCGAAUCUGAAGAUGGCCAAAACGACAUGAAGUUCCAUCGUUUUUGGUGUUGUUCCCGUCAACCCCAUUCUAAAUCCCACUCGUUCACCUGAGCAGCCACGACGAAGAUGGAGGCGAGUCCGUAAGGAUCUAGGGUUAAUAGGAUUGUGGCAGGACGAGAUUAGAAGGAGGAAGCUGCGUUUUUUCUUGAAGGUAGAUCAAAUAUGGCACAAGACUCGGAGAAGAGAUUCCACCAGAUCAUGGAAAAGCUCUUUACCCCAUCGAAAUCUCAGUUUCCUUCUUCCUCCACCAGUUCAUCUGUGGAGCAACAAUCAAGGGGCAAGAAGCGUUCAAAUCCUUCAUCUGCGUUAGCACUGGUUGAGCCAAAGACGGUAUUAGCUACCAUUGAUAGGUCUUCUUCAGCUCUGAAAGUUCCCGCCGGGACGUCAUCGCCGUCUGGUCUUUGCAGGCCAUGGGAUAGAGGAGACCUUAUGAGGAGGCUUGCUACUUUCAAGUCCAUGACAUGGUUUGCCAAACCCCAGGUCAUUAGUGCUGUAAAUUGUGCGAGGAGAGGGUGGGUGAAUGUUGACACAGAUACUAUAGCUUGUGAAUCUUGUGGAGCUCAUCUUUACUUCUCAGCCCCGUCUUCUUGGUCAAAGCAACAAGUCGAGAAAGCGGCAUCAGUCUUCAGCUUAAAGUUGGAUAGUGGACACAAAUUACUCUGUCCAUGGAUAGAGAAUUCCUGCGAAGAAACGCUUUCUGAGUUUCCUUCGAUGUCACCUCAGGAUUUAGUGGAUAGGCAUGAAGAACGGUCAGAAGCUUUACUUCAAUUCUCAUCCCUGCCUAUAAUUUCACCAUCUGUGAUUGAGUACAUGAGGAGCUCUGAUCUGGAGGAAUUUCUUAAACGACCUAUUGCACCUGCACGUGGCGACACGACAGCCGAAGGUUCUCAAACCGAAUCCCUUAUCAAUCAUGUUGGAGCAACCCCUGCUCAACUUUUCUACCAGGCACAAAAACUUAUCAGUUUAUGUGGCUGGGAACCGCGAGCACUUCCUUAUAUUGUGGACUGCAAAGAGAAAUCGGGUGAGAUUGCUGAUGCUACAGAAACUAUUGAUCUACUUCCAGAAACUGCUACCCGCGAGCUUUUAAGUUCCUCCAAUACAAUCCCGAAUCCAAAUGGAAUAUCAGGGAAUAGCGAAACCCCAACAGUGCCAGACACAUUGAACUCUGAUCCCAGCUCUGUUGUACUGGACUGUAAGCUCUGUGGAGCCUGUGUUGGACUCUGGGUUUUCUCUACUGUUCCAAGACCACUAGAACUGUGUAGAAUCACUGGUGAUACCGAAGUUAAUACAGAGAUAAGCUCCAGUGUUGGUAAUCUUCAGAAUCAAACUUCAGGCUUAAAGUUUACCAUAGCAGGAGGACCCCCAGCUACGAAGCAAAACUUCAAAGCAACGAUAUCGCUGCCUAUUAUCGGCAGGAACUUGAGGUCGAGGUUUGCUUCUUACUCUAGAGAUCGUGAUCGUGGGAGUGCCAGUCCUAUUCUGGUUCAACAGAGUUUAACUGAAGAGAACAAUGGUGGUGUUUCAGAAAAUAGUGAUCAACUAAUGAUUAAUAUGGGAGAGAAUGUUAAUGAAGGAAGAAACGAAUCUGAUAUAGACAAUGAUACUACUCCACAGACCAAAGACAGACAACUGAUGAUAGUAAGAUCAGCUCUUCCUGAAAGCAACAAACAGAAGGAUUUAACUGCAGCUUGUGCUAAACUAUGCUUAUUAAAACCCAUAUUUCUUGGCGAAGAUACAGGUGCAUCAUCGACGUCAAACAAACAGAUGGAAUUUGAUCCAAUAAAGCAGCAUAGGCAUUUCUGUCCUUGGAUCUGGUCAACUGGUAGAAGAGGCCCUGGAUGGCGACAGACUCUGUCUGCGUUACAACGCCAAAAAGGAUCUUGUCAGACUCCACCAUCACCCUCUUCCGUUUUCAAGGUAGACGAUCCGUUAACAUCCGUUCGGAACCUAUUUAAGUCGCCUUCUCCGAAAAAACGGAAACUGAUCAGAGAAUCUUCAAACUGAGACACCGACGAUUUUGUUCCCGAAAAAAACUUGAGCUUUCUUGAUCUACACUGCAUCCGGAAAUUUGAAACCUGAAAAAAACUGUUAACAUUACACUGAGUUUUAUUUGUUGAUACCUCAAAAUACCUGUUGUUUAACCCAUUUGAAAAUUGCUAGAGUUUGUACCGGAAUUUAUCAAAAUCUAGACUUUUAGAUCGAACCUUAGCACAAAGUUCAAGUCAGUAGACAAACUUUUGGGUUGAAAUAGCUCCCUGAGAAAUUUCAGGUACAUAGAGGUUUUAUUGUGGUUGAGUGAGAAUUCUCCCUUACUGAACAAUUUAUUUCUAGUACCAGAUAUUUUGUAUGAAUAUUGUUACUUUAUUAAUGUCCAUUUUCCAACUAGUUUAAA